CGACGGCGUCGCUAGACUUCUCUCCAUUUACUUUCUUUCUUCUAUAGAGGCAUAGACUAGACAUUUAGAUAUGACUAGAUCUCAGUACCCAUUCUGGCUCGGUGGUGUUGCGGCUUCGAUGGCAGCAUGUUGCACACACCCACUAGACUUGACCAAAGUUCGGAUGCAGACGCUAGCAAAUAAAUUAUCCGGUCCCAAACCACCCUCGACUUUCCGUGUUCUUCGAAUAGCCAUCACAGAGUCAGGAAUACGCAGUCUUUACACCGGCCUUACAGCAUCGUUACUACGACAAAUGUCAUAUUCCUUGGUCCGUCUGGGAAGCUAUGAUGAGAUAAAGAGGCGGCUGGCAAGAGAUGGUGUCCCCAGCACAGGACAACUACUGUUCGCUGCUGGUCUUGCUGGCGGCUUGGGUGGUAUUGCAGGAAAUCCCGCAGACAUUCUUUUGGUUCGAAUGACAACAGACCAAUUACGUCCUCCGACCGAGCGGUUCGGUUAUUCUAAUGCGUUGAGUGGAUUGGUGAGCCUUAUCAGACAGGAAGGGGUAAAGGGUUUGUACAGGGGACUUGGGACCAAUACUUCCAGAGCGGUCUUGAUGAACAUAUCACAGGUUGGGUCCUAUGACUUUUUCAAGCAACGCCUACUUGGACGACGUUUACAACCCUUUGAUUAUCAAUUCCGGGACGGUGUUGGCUUGCAUUGUGCAGCCAGUGUGAGCGCUGGGUUUGUCGCUACAACCAUCUGCGCCCCUUUUGACGUGAUGAAGUCGAGACUGAUGUCCGUCUCUCAUAAUGCAAGCGUGGUGGAAGUCUUUGUCAAGUCAAUGAGAGAGGAGGGCCCUCGAUUCCUAUUUAAAGGAUGGACACCCGCUUUCAUUCGCCUCGGUCCGAACACAGUUCUGCUCUUUGUUUUCUUCGAACAAUUGAAGAAACUAUGGAGUAACUGACGACUCGAUUACUGCACAACUUCGUUCUGUCCACCUUAUUCUCACUAAUUGGUAUUGGAAGAAGUAUAGAAACAAACAUAGAUUGCUUUUUUUCUCUCGGCGGAAUAGCGGAUUCUGUUUACAUUCUGCAGGCGCACCAAUAAUUUACCUCCUGUACGAGUUGCGUUCCGGUGAGAUCGCGGUUAAUAGUCAUUCGCACGCCUACGACCGCAACAGCCUGGAUAUUACAACUUUACGCGGUUCAAUGGAGUAACUGGAAGCUUAACGAAUGCAUCUACCAUUCGUUAUCGAACGAACCGUAUUCACCUUAUCAUUUUUG